GCUUCGUCUCGUGUGAUUCGAGGCAAUGCCUGCAUUCGACGAAGAUGAUGAUCGGUCCCAAGAUGACUUCGACAACGACAACGAUAAUGACGAAACCAUGCAGGACCUCGACGAUGGUGACGGAGAUGGAGAUGGAGAUGGCGACGGCGAGGGUGACGGCGGCGACCAAGACGCCGAUGUCGACCUAGACGCCGAACCUGAAGACGGAGAAGGAGACGGCGAAGGCGAGGGUGAAGGCGACGGCGACGGCGAUGCGGACGAUGAUGACGAUGCGGGAAGCCAAUCUGGUGGUAGCCAGAACUCGGACAACGAAGACACCUCGGGUGAUCCACCUGCCACCCAAGACGGACUUCAGCUAUCAGGAACCCAAGCCGAUGAGGCUCGUGAAGCUGCUGCACGGGCGCGAAUAUCGCCAGAGUAUCUCGAUGCAGCAACCUACGACAUUGUUCCCACGAUAGCUGCGCCUCAGAGUACUUCCAUCAAUGCAGUUUGCGCCACUAGCGACAUGCGGUGGGUCUUUACUGGCGGCUCGGAUGGGUACAUUCGCAAGUUCAACUGGGUCGAUUCUGUCAAUUUCAAGCUGGCUCUUACAGUCGCGCAACGUCACCCCUUCGUCGAUAGCGUUGUCAAAGCUGGGGUUUUGAUGACCUACUGGGAAAACUGGGACGCCAGGCCGCAAACGCCUCAGAUCCUAUCCCCUGUCUAUUCUCUUGCAUGCCAAAGCCAAGCACUAUGGCUGGCCUCGGGUACUGCCGCAGGCCCAAUCCGUCUUCAGUCCAUUAGGCAUGACGAAGGUAGAGAGGUCGCUCUCCUGAAGAAGCACACAUCAGCGGUUUCGGUCUUGACACUCUCUUCAGACGAGAAAAGCCUUCUGUCAGGAAGCUGGGAUAAGUCUGUGCUUGAUUGGGAUCUGGAGACUGGCCAGGUCCGGACAACUUUUGCUUCGAGUGUUAGUCAGAUUUCUGCGAUUGAAGCACGUCCGCUGUCAUCGGUCCCCGUGCCAGCCGAGUCGGGCGAUAUUGUGGUGACCAAUGGAACGUUUUCGUCGAAUGACAGUAAACCGAAUGGCAUCAAGGUAGACCUACCAAGCCAGGACACACAAGAACCACCAACGGUGGCAACUCCUGAUUCGCUGUUUGGCGAUGGCGAUGGUGAUGAUGACCUCUUUGGAGAUUCGGCUGGUGGAGUCAUGGGCAACGGAGGGGAUUUGGUUGAUGCUUUUGGCGAAGCCGACGACGAAAUGAGUCGAGCCAUAGCAAAUGGACCACAGCCAGAAGAACUAGUCGACCAUGAAAUGCCCGACGCCACACAGAUUCCACCUGAAGCAGAUGCUCCACCUGAGGAGGUUGUAGAAUCCCAGACUGAACCCGUGGAUUCGACAAAUGGCGUCGCACACUCCAGCGAACAACUUCUAUCAAAUGGCUUGCCACACGCGGAUGAUCUAGAAAAGCAGGAAGAUGAGCAAGAGACCAUGCAGGACUCUCAAGCCCCUCCAACCUCUGACUCGACCUUCCUCGCAACGUCAAUCGAUGGCGCCAUUCGUGUCUGGGAUCGGAGGCAGCCGAAACCGGUGGCGCGAAUCCUGCCACGAAACACACCUCCAUGGUGUCUAAGCGCAUGCUGGUCGGUUGACGGCAACUGCAUCUACGCUGGUCGACGCAAUAAUACUGUGGAGGAGUAUGACCUUCGAAAGGGGCUGAAGACACCGGAGCGAAUAUUCCGCUUUCCAAAUGGAAGUGGUGCGGUGACCUCGGUCAAGGCUAUGCCAAACGGACGCCAUCUCAUAUGUGCAUCUUACGACAUCUUGAGGCUGUACGAUCUAAAGGAAUCCCAGGCUCAACGGUCAGCAGUGCCUUUCUUGAUUGUGCCUGGUCACAGGACCGGCACGGUGUCAAACCUGUAUCUCGAUCCUUCAUGCCGGUUCAUGUUAUCCAGUGGAGGCAACCGUGGCUGGGAAGGCGCAUCGACUGAGGUGCUUUUGGGUUAUGAAAUUGCAGUGCCAAACCGCUAAGAUACGAUGGACCGACCAGUUCUGCCAGCUACAGAAUCGCGAAAUUGGGUUGAUGCACAUCUGGAUGAGUGCCCACGCUUUUCGCACUUAAAUACUUCCCCUCAAGGCACUGCACGAGAAGUACUCGACUUUGUCGUAAACAAAGGACCGAGUAAAGCACAAAGCUCGCCGCGCCAGUGAAGGCAGUGUCUGGCAAAUCUCACGUCGCUGCCUAAGCACAAAGGGAUCGGCGGUCUUAUCCU